GCUUCGAGGCUAGCAUCUGCAUGAAUAUUCACCAUCAUCAUGCCGAUUUAGGCGAUACAAGCGCUGAAUGCAGUAUAUCUACUAGUAGCACGAAUGCUGAAUCGUUAUAAUCUCUAACCUUCCCCACUCGCUCAUAUCCAUCCCUCGAAAAUGACUAAAAUCUCAGACGAUCCCAGUUGGUGGCCGUCCAUCGAUGACCAUAAUUUUUACAGCUAUUGGAGGGUUGCUGCAGGCUUCGUGGUGGUAUACGAUUGGGCCCUAACCCUCGGACAAGAGAUUGAUUUGAUUUGGGGACAACGUUGGUCUCUCAUCACUGUGCUGUUCCUGGUUAUACGCUAUAUUGGAAUGCCAUAUUUUGUUAUCGACGCUCUGGCAUAUAUCCCAAUAUUCUCGCUGACAGACGAAGUGAGCUAUCUUAUGACCUACGCAAAGAAUGUGCAAGAUGUGAUCGUGUUUGUUAUGUUGGGCAUCAUCAUGAUUGCUCGGUUACAUGCCAUGUAUCAGGGAUCUAGAAUGAUGCUUAUCUUCCUUGUUAUUGUCUUCCUGGCUGUAAAUAUCGCCUACGCAGUAAUAAUCAACAUAACAGAAAUCAAGGAUACCACAGCGGAGGAGCUUAUACUCUCUGGAAGACAUAUGUGCCGUUAUGAAUAUAAGGGGGACUACCAGCUCCUGUUUCAAAUGAAUUGGAUACUCAUCACUAUCUGGGAGAUCCUCGCAUUGUGUCUUUCAGCCUGGAUUGCUGUAAAACACUUCCGUGACCUGCAACGAUUCGGCCCAUCAACAGGAUCGAUCAUCGGGGACUGUUUCAGAGUACUGAUAGAAUCUCAUGUGCUUUAUUUUGCGAGCUUUGUUGGUGUCCCUAUCAUCCAGUUUAUCCUUGAGUCUUCAGAGCUCGAGCAUUCAAAUUCUAUGGCAUCUUCCAUACUCCAUGGCGCUUAUCAGAUUUUAUCUGGCGUGCAAUGGUUUGUGCUGGGACCACGCCUCGUCCUUGGUGUUCGAGAAUAUCAUGCCAAACUCGUGGCCGAAUCCGACGCAGAAACUAGCAUGAAUUUGAUUGUCUUCCAGGAGCAUGUAUAUGUACCAACUAGCAGUUCUGUAUAGGGAAAUGCCUUGCCGAGCGUUUUGCAGGGAGAUAUUCGGUUGAGGAACGGACAUGUUAUUUAUUCAAGUUAUGGUGUUUCAAAGUAUAU